AUGGUGUCCAAGGUCGAGACUGAAACCUUCCACCAUGAAGAGCUCCCUGAUGCCAGCACCUAUAUCAGGCUGGCGACUGCGCCCAAAUACACCGCCAUAUCGUACACAUGGGGCGAUCCGAAUCUAAUCGCUGUCAUACUCGUCAAUGGCAAGAGGAUGGAGGUGCGGCGCAACUGCGAGGACGUCAUCAGGCAACCAUGUCGGAUCAAGGGUGGCUUCUUCUGGAUCGACGCCAUAUGUAUCAACCAGGCAGACAAUCACGAGAAGAGCUUUCAGGUAGCCAACAUGGGCGAGGUCUUCAGAGACGCUCUCGGCACUCUCGCGUUUGUUGGCCGCCACGAGAAUAACAGUGAGAUUCUCUUCAAAAAGCUGCGCAGACAUAAAAGCUUUUGGAAAUCCUUAGACGUGUAUAGUCAGCCUCACCCUUGGCCAGAGUCGAUGCGCGACUCUACCAUAACCGAGUUGUGCAAUGCGUUCGGCAUGUUUUUGAAAAGACCCUACUUCCAACGGGUUUGGAUUUGCCAGGAGCUAUGUUUCGGACGGGAUAUUCAAGUAUGCUGCAAAGAUAUGCAUGCAGAACUGUCAUUCCUGUGGAAACUAUACCAGGCCUCCGAAAGUUGGAAUCUGAGCUCCAUCAGUUUACCGGAAAAUAUCAAGUGGAAAGACUUCACGGCGAUGCUGAAUGUCAGGUCCCUUUUGGAAUAUGGAGUCACGCCGAUGUCCCGAGGGACCUUGCGGCAAAUGACAAUUGUUGCUGGAAGGCUGCAAAGUGAAGACCUUAGGGAUCGGGUGUUUGGGGUUCUGGCUAUGAUCGAUUGGGACGGCGCGAAGCCAAUUUAA